GAGAUAUUGAAUUAACAGUUACGUAAGGUGAUGAAACGAGGCUGUAAUAUGUAUGCAAAAUAUGUGCUUCGUAUUCUAAAUUCCAACCCAUAAUUUUUACAAUUACUUCUUCUGUUUAUUCCAUUUUUAUCUUCGAAUCUGUAAAUUUUAUCGAAUUAGAAAUAAAAUCGUUCCUGUUGUCGCUGCAAACCUUACCACUCGCAACCCGACCAAUAACACGAAGGUGACAAACAAGUUUUCUAUCGGAUCCGAGUUAAUAAAGUUCAAAGAUGUCCGCUGUUGAAUUUACAGAAAGAUAAUCUUGUUUAAUCUCAUAAAUUUUACAGUUAAUGCCAUGGCCGAACUACAACGAAUUUCUCAUAUCGCAGAAGAUCAAGCGGCGCCUGUUGGAAUCGUCAAUAUCGCUUUUAAACACGAUGAACCUUCAAAGGAAUCGUCUCCUCCGAUUAUUAACGAGAAGCCCGUUCAAUUAUCAAAAGAAGAGAAGAGACAAAAAAAAUUAUCUAUUUUUAAAAAUUUACUUGUUUUAAGUUUUGGUUUUCUACUGUUAUUCACAGCUUUCCAGUCUCUGUCUAAUCUACAGAGUAGUAUAAACAGUGCCAAAGGAUUAGGAACUGCAUCCUUAAGUGUUAUAUAUGGUGCUUUGGUUUUAUCCUGCAUGUUUCUUCCGACAUUUAUGAUAAAAUUGCUUACCUUAAAAUACACGUUAAUAGUGUCGAUGCUGAUGUAUUCGUCUUAUAUGGCUGCUAACUUUUAUCCGGAUUGGGGUACUCUGAUACCAACUUCCAUCAUUUUAGGACUCGGAGGAGCACCUUUGUGGACAUCAAAAUGCUCUUAUUUGACACAUAUCUCGAUAGAAUAUGCUCAGUUAACAGGCAACAAAGUCGAAACAAUAGUCACUCGGUUUUUUGGAAUAUUUUUUAUGGUAUUUCAAAGCGGACAAGUGUGGGGAAAUUUGAUAGCUUAUAAAGUACUUCAACCUGGAAAUGUUUCUUCGAUCAACGAAUCGUUAAUAUCUGGAUGCGGUGCUAAUUUUUGUGUUGCGGAAUCAUCAACGAAUAAUACAAAUCUCGAAAGACCAUCGGAUUUUAAAAUCUAUCUUCUGUGUGGAAUUUAUACUGGAUGUUCCUUAUUAGCAGCACUCUUUAUUUUCAUCUUCCUUGAUCCCCUGAAAAAAUCGGAAGAUGGAAAAGGUAAACCUUCGUACGGAUUACUUAUCGAAACUAUGAGGCAUCUCAAAAAUCCUCAUCAAGUUCUUUUGGUGCCAUUAACAAUAUUUAGUGGUCUAGAACAGGCUUACAUUAUUGGGGACUUUACUCAGGCUUUCGUUAGUUGUUCUUGGGGUAUACACAACGUUGGUUACGUAAUGAUCUGUUUUGGUGUGAUGGAUGCUCUGGGUUCUGUGACUCUUGGUCAUCUGUCUAAAAUAACAGGAAGAAAAAUCAUUUUUAUAGCAACGGCACUUUCUAACGUUGGAAUUAUAAUUCUCAUGUUUCUUUGGUCCCCUAAUCCCGAUCAAAAAGUAGUUUUCUUCGUCAUCUCUGGAUUUUGGGGAUUAGGAGAUGCCGUUUGGCAAACACAAAUUAAUUCAUUGUAUGGUGUAUUAUUUCCGAAAAACGAAGAAGCAGCUUUUGCUAAUUACCGUUUAUGGGAAUCUCUGGGAUUUAUUAUAGCCUUCGCCUACAGUAGUUCACUAUGCAUAACAAUAAAAUUGUAUAUUUUAUUAAUUGUACUCGUUGUAGGAAUGAUGGGAUAUUUAACUAUAGAAAUUCGAAUUUCAACUGUAAAAAAGAACGAAAUUUCAUCAGAAACGAAAAUGCAUAGUAGUGAAAAGUAAGCAGAAAAGAAUACAGCAAUUAUAUUAUGUAGGUGAACAUUGUUUUCAAUCUCUCAACCGUUUCAUUCAUUGUACAGGGUAUGUAUACAGAUAAAUACUAAAACUAACCAUUCCAAUGUUUCUAAAAUCGUCCGUAAAGAUCGCAUUUUCUUGUAAAUAUGCUAUUUUAAAAAAAGGUUUUGUCAAAAUAAAAAUUAAUUUUUAAGU